AUGGCUCGCGAGGAGCUUGUCUCCUCUGCUGUUACUUGUAUGUCCACAACACCGUCACCUUUCCUUCAAGACCCGUCGGUCGCGUCGUCGCCGAUUGAGAAGCGGGUUGCUUUCCUUCAAUCCAAGAAUCUGACAAAAGAGGAGAUUGAGCUUGCGCUGUCCCGAGUGGGCGAAGAUCCGGCUGCUGCUGCCGCUGCCGCCGCGGGUUCCUCGUCAUCGGGCUAUCAAGCUCCUACACAGCAAGCUGUCUACCGUCCUCCUCCUUCACCCGCUCAAGGAUAUGGAUAUCCUCCGUAUGGUCAAUGGCAACCGCCACCACCUGAGCCCCCUAAGCGCGACUGGCGUGAUUGGUUCAUCAUGGCGACGGUGAUGGGAGGUGUGGGCUACGGACUGUACUACGUCACCAAGCGCUACAUUUCCCCCCUGAUCGCUCCUCCUACUCCGCCUCAGCUGGAGCAGGACAAACAGAACAUUGACGAGCAGUUCUCGCGUGCUUUUGCCCUCAUCGAACAGCUCUCUACAGAUACGGCUGCUCUUAAGUCAGCUGAAGAGGCGCGCACAGAACGAUUGGACACCGCUCUGCGGGAGGUUGAGAACCUCGUGGCGGACUUGAAGACCGCAUCGCGCCGGAGAGAUGACGAGACUCGCCGGAUCAGUGACGAAGUCAAGUUGUUGAAAGAUGCCAUCCCCAAGGCCCUGGAAGGUGCUCGGGAAGGCAACGAGAACCGGUUGAAAGAUUUGGGCAACGAGCUGAAGAGUCUGAAGACAUUGUUGGGUAACAGACUUGGCGGCGGUAGUGCAUCUGGCACUCCUGCUCUGGGACGGACUGUCGGCGGUAGCACCCUCCCUGCUGCAUCUAAGCCCUCUGAGGAAUUGUCGCCCGCCGCUUCUCCUGCCACUAACGGUGUUACAAACUCGACUACCGAAAAACCCUCCCAGCAGCCCUCAGUCAGCGACGGCGCUCCGGCAUCCACGCCAGCCGCCAGCACCCCUACCCCCAACCCUAUCUCGCAGUUCAGUCGCUCUGCUUCUAUCCCGGCCUGGCAGAUGGCCGCUGCCAACCGGUCGAAAAACGCCUCUCCCUCAACCACCAGCUCCACUCCUGCGGACAACUCGACCAGUGAGCAGCAAAGCGCUCCUCCCAGCUAA